AUGUUUUCCUUUCGAAGGCGACCCAAAGACACGAGCACGACGUCGGCCCCGCCAUUGAGGUCGUCCCCUUCUCUCCCCGAACUGCACGCGCAAGGAAUUCCAUGGCCAGAGAACCUGGUAGAUGUAACCGUCCUGCGCGAAACACCAGUGCCCAAUGCAAAGAGGGACGAGGAGGGGGAGGAGGAAAUGGAAUUAUCGAUGUCGCUACUGCAUUACCGUCAACAACAAGGUGCGGUCAAAAGCUCCUUACAUUCGCUCGACCGCGCCCCGCCGAUUCUUUUCCACAAACCAUUUUGGUUACAACCAGGUCACAAUCAACAUAGUCAUCAGCUGUAUCAUCCAGCUGCUGUUCACAAUGGAGUGGUGUCUAUAUCUUCGUUGUAUAUGUCUCCCCAAAGUGCCUACCCCGCGUUCGAUCAUUGGAGGAGCGGUACUCCCGCCAGUACGAAUGCGCCGACUGUGGUUGCGAGACGUGUGCAUAGGAAAAAUAGGAACCCUCCCGCGUUUAAUCUCAUGGUCGUGGGUGGUCGAGGCACGGGCAAAACCUCGCUCCUCCGUCUUCUCCUCGAUACCUCAGACAUUUCGUCCGCCGCAUCAGAAGAACAACGCGCGUCGUUGCAUCGUUUUCUCCGGGGCGAGCUCAAACAGACUCAGUCGAUCAACACGGCGUGCAUCGAGACAUCCGAAUCUCGAUAUGAGAGAGUGCUCCUGACUGUCAUUGACACCCCCGGCUUGGACUUCAGUGAAGGCAAGGAGUUGGGUGUGGAGCGUCAGGUUACGAGUAUUAUCAAGUAUAUUGACCAACAGUAUGCGGAUACUAUGAUCGAAGAAAGUAAAGUCGUUCGGCAGAGUAGAGGAGAUCAGCACAUACACCUGUGUAUUUUCAUGAUCGACCCCUCCUCUAUCAUGACCAGCGACGCGCACCGCGCGAAGUCAUCGUCGCUCCCAAGAAAGGCAUACUCAGAGACGAGGCUUUCGUCUUCAACAGUACGGCCGUUGGAGCCGGAUGACCGCCUCCUGGACUCAAGCACCCCCGGUGAACUCACCAUGUCACCGGCCGAGCUCCAGGUGAUCCGUCGCCUGUCGGAGCGUGUUAACGUGCUUCCCAUAAUUGCACGUGCAGAUUCCCUCACCGAUAGCGCGUUAUCUGCCGUUAAAGACGCCGUCCGCAGGGGUCUGCAUGAAGUGCAAUUGGACUUUGGUAUAUUCUCUACGCCCAUGACGGCGAAAGAUGGAGAUUCUUCGCCGUCUCGACAAAUACCAGCUGCUGCCAAUGAAAACGAUCCAGCUGGCAAUGGCAGCACCCCUUCGGAUCAACAUCUUAACGGCGAUUCCCACGCGACCCCUGACACCGAGGCGAUGGAGCCCAAGGACGGUCACCGACGAGCAUCACGUCCAGUCAUAAGAGUAAAGACUAGACAGGUUUCAUCCCGGUCCCGGUCUCGCUCUCGCAGGGACCUCUCUGCUCUUGCUCAAGAUGAGCGAGAGCCACAUUUCCCCGAGGAAGUGGACGAGCUAAGCGUCGCGAAUGUACGCUUUUCAGCACAGACGCUGGCGAAAACAGACUUGGGAACAUUAUUGCCGUUCGCAUUCAUCGCGCCCGAGCCGCUGGAGUCUCCGCGGACAAUACAAUUGCACCCGUUGAUGGUGACCCCUGACUCAUCCGUUCCCCGUGAAGACCUUAAUAGUUCUUCGACCCCUGUGACAGAAGUGUCAAUGACGGGGGGACCCCCGGAUAGCCCCGCUACCAUAACCCGCAAAUCGGUAUACAAUCAGACUCCGCCGGAAGAUCUGAGGGGUGUAUUCAAGAGGAAGUUCCGAUGGGGAACCGUUGACGUACUCAACCCUGACCAUUGUGACUUCGCCGCCCUGCGAACUGCCAUGUUAUUGACGCACAUGAAGGUACUCAAAGUUCACACUCGGGAAGUGUUGUACGAAAGGUACAGAACUGAGAAACUCUUGGCUAAACGUGCCACAAGAGCCAUCGGACCUGAGCAGGCAAAGCGUCUCUUGGAAGAUCUCGGUUUGUAA